CAGAGCGAAUCGAUCAGUCUCGGGAGAAAGCCGGCUCGACACGCAUCGUUAAGUAUCACGGGUGAUGAUGAUGGACGACAAGAUGGGUUCUGUAGAGUUCAAAGUGGCUGUGCUGGUGUUAUCAGUGCUUGUUCUGCAAACUUCCGCCAACAAGUGCAAUCAGUUGAGUGAACUUUGCGUGCCGGUGCGAUUCUGUCCGCAUAUUCAGGAUGCCAUAGAAUCUGGAGCAGUUUACCGGAACGACACACUGUACGAGCACGUGUGGUCCCGCACUUGCCACGGGCCUGGUCAAGAACCAAGGGUUUGUUGCUCUCUGGAGAACACCAGCAUGGGAAAGCGAUGCCUCACUGCGACGCAGCAACCGUUGGAAGGACGAUGCGUUGCGCCGGAGCAGUGCACGCCUAUCAAGCGGUAUCUGCAGCAAAGAAGCAGACGCAACGCCGCCUACGAUCGGGAACUGAUGGAGAAUGUGUGCUACCAUAGUGAUGAUGAGGGAAAGGAUUUCUACUGUUGUCCUGAUGUGUACGUGAGCGAGCCUCAGAAGCAAGAGACGCCGAAGAAGAGUGAAGAGCGCACAUUAAGGGUGAAAAAUGCGUUCCCCCCAUGCCACGACCCGAACGGCGCGCCGGGCCUGUGCGUUCCGGUCCGACACUGCGACCACAUCCACGCCGCCUUCCUCGACUCCCGGAUCACUCGUGACAGCAAGCUGGCCGAUUUCGUACACGCCAGCCGCUGCAAGUCAGACGCCUCCCACGGUAACUCGAUUUGCUGCGCCAAGCCCUCCUCCAAAACAGACGUCUUCAUCCGGAACCGGAAAGCGGCCAAAUUGGGACUGUCCCGGUGCGGCAAGAUUCCUUUCACUAACCGUAUCCUGCAGGGGAGCGAGGCCGGCUUGGGACAGAAUCCGUGGAUGGCAAAUCUGUUGUAUCGGAAACGCAAUGCCAUCGUGAGCCUCUGCAGUGGAUCUUUGGUUCAUACGAGGUACGUUCUAACGGCGGCCCACUGUAUCCAGGGUUCCACGAAACCGAUCGCCGUACGACUUGGGGAGUACGAUACCGAUAGCAAUCCGGAUUGCGACGAGAGUGGAUGUGCUGCCCCCACCAGGGACUACGGAAUCGACAAGUUCAUACCCAACGAGAACUUCAACGGACGGGAUGCUGACUUCGAUAUCGCAUUGGUUCGACUUCUGCAGGAUGCGAUCCUGAGCGAUGGUGAGAUCUAUCCGAUUUGCCUUCCUCUAACCGAGAACCUACUGCUGCUGAAACCGACCAAACUGACCGUGACGGGCUGGGGCAUGACCGAGCACCAGAAACCUUCGAACGUGCUGCUGGAAGCGGAUUUGAACAUUGUACGGAGGACCAGCUUCUGCGAGAGCGAAGCGACCUGUUGCGUGAGGGGGAAGCACGCGGAAGGACAUUGCCGAGGGGAUUCGGGUGGACCAAUGCAGGCUGCGGUUCCAGUGGAGAAGGGCUAUCGGUAUGUGCUGUUUGCGGUAAUUUCCGGUGGAUCCGGUGUUUGCAGCGUUGAGAUGAAGCAACCCGGGGUGGGGGUCAUGGUCGGCUAUCACAUGAAUUGGAUUCUGGAUCAGAUGGAUGUUUGAGCGAUGGUGAGCGACGGCUGAACAAAGCUCGCAUGUUACACACUGCACAAGCGUUGACCUCACUUGAGUUUAUAAUGUGAUAAUUGUGAUCUAGACUUUAAGGCUUUGAUUAGUGUUUCAUAUGUAAUUAUAUUAAUUACAAUGCAAUUUUUAUUUUAAAAGUCUUAACUAUUUAUUAAACAGGUAUUUUUGAAAUUAUUGUGUUAUUUCAUAAUAGGUUCCAAGUUGUGGGCUUCGUGGCCGUGCGGUUGAUGCUACCAAGCCUUUAUCUGCAUCGAUCGAAGAAGUGUGGGUUCGAUUCCCGCUUCAGUCCGGAAAACUUAUCGUCUGGAACUUAUUUCUAAUGUGCCACUCUGGACGUUGCAUGCUAGUCCGUUGUCUAGUGUGGUGCUUCCUUCAAAGGACAUAAUCGUCCACUGAAAGAUUUGACGUGCGGGUGUUAUUUUAAGUAGGUACACAUAUAUAAUAAAAUAAAUAAAUUUAAUAGCGAUGGAA